AAUGGACUGAACUGAAGUGUGAGCAUCACCUCUUUCACCAAUCGAAGCUUUUCUGUUUCAGAAGCAUGAGUAAGAACCUCCUGCCCAGGAAUACUGAGCUCCACAGGGGAGACUUCCUGAUCUCCAACAACAGGGAGUGGAAGGCCAUCUUCCAGGGUGAUGGGAACUUUGUGAUCUACGGCUGGAAGCCUGUGUGGGCUUCAGACACAUAUGGAUCAGAUGUCUUCCGCCUGUGCAUGCAGGAAGACUGCAACUUGGUCAUGUACAGCAAGUGUGGGACCCCCAGGUGGCACACAAGCUCCUACAGGGCCGGCUCUCACAUGUGCUGCCUCCAUCUGAGCGACGACGGCAAACUGCUGGUGUACAAGGACGCUGAGGAAAUCUGGAACUCUGCCAGCUCCAAGGGCAUGAAGUGAUCAGUAGCUGGCCUGAUGUGACGCCCUGGAAGCUCUGCAGGGUCACAGGUUCUACAAGAGUCAAAUUAGAGUCAAAUUGGAGUCAAAUAAAAUCACAUUAGAAAUAUA